AUGAUAUCACCCCAGGUUGAAGUCACCCCAUCUUCACCAUUUGGUUGUGUUAAUCGUCGUGAUGCAUGCUCCACAACACAUGCUGCAUUUCAGAAAAACAUGGUCGAAGACAACAUUAACAUAUCUGAUUCUGCACCAAAGAAUGACUCUAAAAACCCAACCAACAAAAUUGAUACUUGGCCUUGGGUCUCAAGAGUUGCUAAGAACGAUAACCUUCGAAACCUGAGUUUCACAGAUAGGCUUCACAAUAUCAAAAAAGAUGAAUCAUCAUUGUCUGCAUUGGUGAGCCCAAGGCACUCAAAAGUCAUUGAUCGAUGGGCUGCGACUGCCAGACAACAUGCACAAAAAAUGGCAACAACACUUGAGAAUAACAAGGUGGAGGUAAAGGACAAAUUUCCUUCAAGGUCAUCAAGUUUUAAUUCUAGAAAAGAAGUGUCCCCUACACGUUCUAAUGGCUCCUUUGAAAGUGAAAUCUCAAACCUUGGUGCUUCUUUCCUUGUUCGGAUAUGGGAGAAGAGGCUUAAAACCCAAUCCAACAAUUGCACCAAACCAAAUGCUUCAGAUUCCCCUAGAAGGACUAGUUCUGAUGCAAGCAGUAAUGAGAAUGCAGUUUCUGUGGAGGAACAGUGCAUGGUCUUAGAAGAAGGUGAUAGAACCCUUAAUGAGGAAUCGUUCCCAGAUUGGGAGGAAUAUAAUAAAACAAGACUAAGUGAUCAAUCAUGUUCUUCACCAAAAAUUAGUACUUUAGAUGUUGCUGAAAACGAGAGGGGUAGAGUUGCGUAUAUUAUCAAGAGACUUACGGAUACAAAUCAAAUGCGAAGUUCAGAAGUGUUGUUGAAUGAUGACAAUGAUCAUGAGCUUUGUAGUAGUGUGACAGGAUCUCCAUAUAGAGAGCGUGGAUCUCCAUACAGAGAGCGCGAUCCUUUUUCUAAACCAAAGCAACAAGAGCAUAGAGCUUUUGCUCAUGUCAUAAGUUCCCCGCGUAUUAGGGGACGCCAAGCAUUCAAUGAUUUGCUUAUGCAGUUUGAGAGUAACCGGCAUGGAGAGCUCAACAAUCUUGCAAGGCGGGGUGCAGUUUCCAAGUUCACACAAAGAGGUCGAAUUCAGUCAUUGCUUCGACUUAGAUUAUUACAACGUGGAAUAGCUGUUUUUGAUCUAUCUGGCCAGAAACCGGCAGCAUCUGAAGUGAACAGACAACAAGGAUCUUCAGCAAUUAUGCAACUUAGGGAAAGAUUUAACACAGGAAAUGAGCCAAGAACUCCAUCUCUGGUUGAAAAAUCCAAUCCAAGAAGUCCUAAUAGAGAGAUAGUAAGCACUGGCAUGCGCUAUGAAAAACCUACACGAAACUUCGUGUCUAAAACUAGUGUAAAUAGUAAAGCUCAUCCAAGUUCAGAUGUCACAUUUCGAGGAACAUUCUUUGGAGUUAAAAAUUAUGAUCCUAAAGAAACUAUUAGGACAUCUUCAUCCAUGGUUGAUUCAAAUGCAAAUUAUGAGAUGGUCCAUAAGGCAGUGACAAAUGACCGACAGGGUGAUACCACUGAAAUCAAUUACGAUGAGAUGGCAAUAGAGGAAGAGGUGAGUGACCAGCAAUAUGCUGCAAGUAGUUAUGAUUACACAGUAGAAGAGGAAGAGGUAAGUAACCAGCAUUAUGACGAAACUAGUUAUGACUGGACCAGUCAUAUUUCUCGGCCUAGAAGCUAUUGGGAAGAACGAAGGCAAGAAUGGUAUAGGGAAAAGCUUGACUUUAGUUCAGCAAAUGAUGAGAUACGUAAGCUCCUUGAAAGAAAAACAGUGUCAACUUUGCUUUCUAGUGGCUUCCACGAAAGGUUGGAAAGAUUGAUGAAGUCUCAUAUGGGAACAAAGUCACACCUAAUUAGUAGUCAAUGUGAUGAGGAAGAUCAAGAAGGGAGUAUGGACCAGUUGAUGGCAUUUUUUCAAGAACACUUGCAUUUUAGAAGCAAAAGUCAAGAAGAUGGAAUGGAUAGAGUCCAAGAGGAAGAGGAGAGGAGAAAUGAGGAAGAAGAAGCAGAAGAGAAGAGCAUCAUUAGUGGUUCAGAUCAUGAAGGUGAUUAUUUUAAUCAUUCCUCUUCAUCACUGCAUGCACCUUCCCCAUCAUCAUGGAGUUACAGAGACAAUGAUGCUGGAGAUGAUUCUGAUAGACUUGUGUCUAUGUCCUCACCACCAACUUCUCAUCAAUCUCAAUCAUUCUAUCAAGAUAAUCGACAAUACUCUUCAUCCAUAAAUCACCAUUCAAUUGAAAUGGAAUUCAUAUAUGAAUUGCGAGGACAGAUGGAUCAACUUUUUCAUGAGAUGUCUGAGCUAAGGAAAUCAAUAAAAUGUUGCAUGGACAUGCAGAUGCAAAUGCAAUUACAACAAUCUAAGAACCAAGAGGUUCACACAGAAGAAGAAAAGAAGUUCCAUAACAGAACACCAAAGAAAGGCAACUGUUGCAUUUGCAAUGAGAAGAAAGUAAACUCACUUUUAUAUAGAUGUGGUCACAUGUGUGCAUGUUUCAAGUGUGCCAAUGAGUUGCAAUGGAACAGUGGAAAAUGUCCAAAAUGUCAAUCUCCAAUCAUAGAUGUUGUUCGAGUAUAUGCUGACACAGAAUCUUCCAUGGUGGGCAUGGUUUAG